GGUGAAGUUCUCAAGAAUUCUUGGGCAGAGGGAAUCACAUGCCAUUUGAAGGAGGGAAGGAUCGAGAGAGAUAAAGAAAGCGAAGGGAAAAUGAGCGUGGAGCUGAGGGCAACGCGACACACACAGCAACAACGGCGGGACCCAGACGCAGGUAGCCAACCAAUAAGCAAAGGCGGCUGGUCCCAAUCGCAGAGGACGCACCAAUGGGAGGAAGGCAGCAGAGCUGCAGAGAUCAUUGCCUUCUUUCUUGAAGUUUUUAUCUGCUUUCUGCUUCUCUGUCCAUCUGCCGGGUGUCGAUUAUAGGGUUUCUCUCUUUCGAUCAUUGCGAUUUAGUUCUCAUUCAGGUUUGAAAAUUUAUCUGCGAUCUCAUUCUGGUUGGGAAUUAACCCUGUGAUUAGACAGGGGUUAGCCUUGAUUAUACAGGUGUCGAUGAUUGGGUUCCUCAUUAUGCAGGUGUCAGCUUGAGGAUUUACUAGGAGCAUGUGUUGCCUAUCGUGCUGGCCUACAAUUAGUGGUGCAAUGGUUGCGGCAAGAUUACCCGGGUAAGAUUUCUUCUCCCUUUUUUGUAGGUUAAGCUUCUGUAGUGUUUUGAGGUCGCCUAUAAAUUGUGCAAUCUCCCUAAUUCACAUGUAAAUUGUUUCUUUCACUUGGUUUCUUUCAGUGACGGUAAGUGGCUAAUAGAAAAGCUAAUGGAAGAGUACCCACAAAAUGUUCAGAUUUGUUUUUAAUUUCAGUUCGGGUUUCACUUUAAAUGAUCAUGAGCUUAUAAAUAAAUUGUGUGCUUUGUUUUAGCUAGGUUAACGAAAACACCUUUGGAAGGGAAGACAUUGUGCCUAAUAUGGUGCAGUUUGGCACUUUUAGCUUUAUAUUGUUGGAAACUUUGAGCAUCAGAAGUAGGAAGUUUCGGAGAUCCAUCCGAUUGUGAUGGCAUGCUUGGCAUUAAGGAACUCGGUAUUCAGAUGUUCAAGACUCUAUUUGAGGUUUGUGUUAUGAAGAAAAAAUGAGGUGGGUUGGCAUGAUGAGUUGUAAACUGUGGUGUGGUGUUUUACUUUGAGCAGCUUGAUUUACAAAUGCGUUAAUAUAUAUAAAAUUGAAGUGAGGUUACUGUUACCUAAUAGUUUAUAAUUUGAUACUCCAAAUUUAAUUAAAUCACAACUUAGUC